AUGCCUACACCCGUUCUCAUUACGGGUGCCACGGGCAAACAAGGAGGAGGCGUGAUCGACGCGCUCCUCCGCAAAGAUGCUGACUUCCAGAUCCUCGCAGUCACUCGUGAUGCAUCCUCCAGUGGAGCAAAGAAGCUGAAAGCCAAGUCCUCCAAAAUUCACAUCGUGGAAGGCAACCUAGACCGACCAGAAGAGAUAUUUGCCAGCGCAGAGAAGCUCAUAUCUCAGCCUAUUUGGGGUGUAUUCAGCGUCCAGGCCCCUGUCCCGGGCGGCUCGAAGCACGAUGCUGAAGAACGGCAAGGCAAGGAAUUAGUCGACACAGCUCUCAAGCAUAACGUCAAACAUUUCGUUUACACAUCUGUUGACCGAGGUGGCGAUGCUUCAUUCGACAAUCCUACCCCUAUCCCCCACUUCAUCAGCAAGCACCACAUCGAGCAUCACCUCGUUGAACAGACUAAGGGUACCGGAAUGUCGUGGACAAUUUUGCGACCGACUGCGUUUUUACAAAACUUUACGCCCGACUUCUUUGGCAAAGUCUUCGCCACCUCCUGGAAGAUUGGGGUCAAGGAGAAGCCAUUACAAGUUAUUUCAGUAACUGAUAUUGGCUUCUUUGGCGCACAGGCCUUCCUGGCUCCAGAACAGUAUAAAAACAAGUGUCUCUCCUUAGCCGGUGACGAGCUCUCAUUUGAUGAGAUGGCAAGGAUUUUCCGCGCGAAAUGCGGACGAGAUGUACCUCUAACCUUCAACUUUGUGAGCCGGAUUUUGUUUUGGAUGAUGAAGGAUUUGGGUCUCAUGUUCCAAUGGUUCUACGACUCCGGAUAUGGAGCCGACAUUGAAGCCUUGAGAAAGAUUCGGCCCGAACUGCAAAAUUUUGAGUCUUGGCUUGAAAACGAGAGCGGCUUUGUUGCCAAAUAA